GAAUUUCACUUCCAUGCUAUUUGACAAAUUGACAGUCAACAAAUGUAUCAAUCAUCUUGAAGUUCUUGAUAUUGAUAUCUAAUCAAAAGAUAUGGCUGACAACUUCGUGGAAACAUUUGAGUGUUUUAUUCGCGAAAAAGUGUCUCGUGCGUCAGUCCAUUUUAAACAAUUUUAAAAAAAUUACUGUGUUGGUCAGUUUUGGGUUUUUUUCUACUUCAAGUGACACACUUUUCGAAAUGCCUUGUAAAGCUGACCAAUUAUGUGAACUUUACUCUGGCCAUUAAAUCUUAUCGCAGCGCCGAAAAUUCGUGGCUAACGUGCUAGCGAGCUAUAAACCAAAUCAAAACUGAAAAAUAACAGAAUCAGGCAAUAGCUUCAUUAUAAAAUGCAAUGAAAUGGCAACAUUUAAGCCAGCAAAGAACAACAAAUAAAGAAGCGAAGAGAAGUGUGCUGAUAACUGCAAACGAAAUGUCAAUAAAUUAAUAUAAAUGAGUGACUCGUGACUGGCGGCUCCGCCGAUUCAUUCCGGCCUUUCUCUUGUCGCUAUUGUUGAUAUAGCUGUUGCCAUUACUUUGGCCAAUGUUUCAGCGCGUUCUAUGUACUAUUUUGUACCAUUUUGUACAAUUUGAUUUGUAUUUCCCAAGCAAAUCAUGUGGAAACGAGCGCGCAACGGGCAGUUCUUUAUUUUUCCAAUGUUGUUCGGCGUUAUCGACAAAUCGUAUAAGGAAAUAUAGCACAAUUAUUGGUUGAUAAAACGCAGCUAGCUAUAGGAGUGCUCGUAUGUAAGGGGUAUGUGAUUUUUAAGGCACUGGCCUGAACUUGGUUAGUACCCCGAAGUUGGGGCUGUGAUAAUGGCGAAGCCCCCAAGCCAAGUAUUGUUGGCAUUCUUUGGGGCAUUUGCCUUAGAGCUCUUGGCCAAACAAUGAAAUCCCCCCGCAUAAAUAGAAAACAAUUAGGCAUUUGGAGACGAUAAGACCAAGAAUGAUAAAAGCCAGCAAGCAUACUGUGUGACUCACAGCGUUUCUUGUUGGCCGUGAAACAAAAACCGACAAAAUUGGUAGCAAUUCGCUGUGAGCGGUAAUUAAAGCAGCCAGUUGACGAUGCGCAUAAUUUUUGAACUUUGAAACUUUUGUUCCACAAACAAAUUUAUCAGAUGCAAAGCAAAUGCUUCUCCCGGUUUUCUGGGACAUUUGAUAAACCGAUGUGGUCAACUGGCAUUCUGCGAGGUCCUUUGUUUUUGAUGGCCAACUGAAAGCUGCGGAUGGCUAACACAGUAUCUGGCUCGUUGUCUUUUCACUGCGUACUUCGAGUUUUUGGCAAUAGCAUCCUAGAUACUACUGGAUUUAGUGCACUGCAAAUAAAAUCGGGUUUUAUUGAGCUAGCUUGUCGAAUCGGUAUUACAGUCUUAGCCAAGUAGCUACAAUGCGUUAUUGCCUAAUACAUGUAUUUAAUCAAAUGUAAAAUCAAAUUAAGUUUCCCGACAUAUCAGCGCACUUCUUUUAAGUUUCCUUAACCAUUCGAAAUGCGAUAAGAUAAUUUGUGGAAUAAAAAAGAUAUCGAACAUUGGGCUUAUCAAUUUAAAGCCAAUAAGUGUUAUACUGACGAAGUAAAUCGAUUCGUAGACCAAUCACAAUCGAAGCAUACAUAAUCCGCCACAAUUGCAACCGAACACAACAAAUUUAUAGCCGCAAUUAAAUCCUUGGCCAUAAAUCAGGGAAUAUGGCCGGGGUAAUGGUAAUCAAAGUGUUUAACCCACACACGCAGCGAACGAGUUGAGAUAAAAACCAAGUUGACAACGAAUGCGACUAAGAGAUUGGCCCGUAUUAAAGAUAUUAUUUAGACGGAUACGGAUACGGAUACCUGGUGAUUCCAGUGCAAUAUGGCCUGCUUUCCACGACUUUUCCAUCAUCGCAGCAAAAACAAAUUCACGCCCGCCGAAGAUGAGAACACCGAUACGAUACUCAACACACAUGAUAGUCCCGUGCAAAUUGGACAGUACAUUCGUCGCGAGGAGAAGCCACUGUACUCGCCCAUCGUUACUCCGAGUGCCAGUGAGGAACUAAGCGCCCAGCAAACGGAUGACACCUUGUCCUGCCAGAGUAGCGAUGCCAACAACAACAACAGCAGCAGCAGCAGUGCCGCCAAACUGACAAAUGGCGUCCUGCCACAGGAGCAACCGGAACGGGAACAGGACAGGAAACAGGAUUCCAGGGGGAACCAGCUAGCACUCCAGGCUCCGCCCCGCGCCAAGAGCUCCAGCAACGUGUCACUCAAUUAUCUGGCCAAGAGCCAGACGGACAGCCAGCGUCGCCGACGUGUGUCCACGAUGCCCGAUAUUAACAUACCGCCAGCACCGCCGUUGCCUCCGGAACUCCUCGUCCCCGGAACGCCGCUCCAUCUGCGCAAGAAACGGAGCGUGGAGCGACCGCAGCAGCAGGAGCAGGAGCAGCAGCAGCAGGAGAUCCAGCAGGAUGCUACGAAUAGUCAAGAUCAAAUGGCAGGAGCAGAGGAGGGCGGCGAGAGUCACAAGUCCAGCGAUUCCUCGACACCGAAAACCCAUCGCGUGGAAGGUGGCCUCAUCUAUGUCCGUCCCAAUUUUCCCAUUCAGGGCGACAUUGAAAUCGAAUCUAUUGCAAAGGACGAAGGCACACGCAAUCUCAUACGAACGGCCAUUGAGCGCAAUGAUUUCCUCAAUAAUCUAAUGGACAAGGAGCGCAAGGAGAUGGUUAUCAAUGCAAUGGCCCCGGCCAGCUACAGGAAGCACAGCCUCAUCAUCCGGGAGCACGAGGAGGGUUCGGAGAUAUAUGUCUCAGCCGAGGGCCAGUACGAUGUCAUCCGUGGUGGCCAACUGGUGGCCAGCUUUGGACCGGCCACCGUGUUCGGCGAGCUGGCCAUUCUCUACAAUGCUCCACGUCAGGCGUCCGUAGAGGCUGCCACCGAUGCACGCGUUUGGAAAAUCGCACGCGAAACCUUCCGGGCCAUCAUGCAAAUCUCGGGGUCCAGGGAGCGCGAGGAGAACCUUCAGUUCCUGCGCUCCGCUCCAUUCCUGCAGGAGUUCGACCAGAGUUUGCUGCUCAAAGUCGUGGAUCUUCUGCAGCGGAAAUUCUACGAGACCGACAGCUGUAUUGUCCGCGAAGGUGAGCUGGGCAACGAGUUCUACAUCAUCCGUUGCGGAACUGUGACCAUAAAGAAGCGGGACGACCAGCAGCAGGAGCAGAUUGUGGCGAAUCGAAAGCGAGGUGACUACUUCGGGGAGCAGGCACUGCUCAAUGCGGAUGUGCGACAGGCCAGUGUCUAUGCGGAUGCACCGGGCACCGAGGUCCUCAUGCUGGACAGAGAAGCCUUCAUUAGCUAUUUGGGAACCAUAAAGCAGCUGCGCGAGAAGCCCAGUAGUCAACGCAACGAUACGAGUGGUCGAUCCAGCAACAAAUCCCUGGAGUUCGACAACGAGUACUCCCAGGUGGCCAUCUCGGAGCUGAAGAAGAUAGCCACGCUGGGCUGCGGCGCCUUUGGACGUGUGGAUCUGGUGGCCUACAACCAGCAGGCGUUGGCCCUGAAGAUCAUCAAGAAAAUCGAGGUGGUCAAGCAAGAUCAAAUAGAGCACGUUUACAACGAGAAGAACGUUAUGAUCAAGUGCCGCCAAUCGCCCUUCAUAGUACAACUGUAUCGCACGUACCGCAAUGACAAAUACGUUUACUUCCUAAUGGAGGCCUGCAUGGGCGGUGAUGUAUGGACGGUGAUGUCAAAGCGCCAGUACUUCGAUGAGAAGACCGCCAAAUUUAUAGCGGGCUGUGUCGUCGAGGCCUUCGACUAUUUGCACUCCCACCACUUCAUCUACAGGGACUUGAAGCCAGAGAAUCUGAUGCUGGGCACCGAUGGCUAUUGCAAACUGGUCGAUUUUGGAUUCGCCAAAUUUGUGCGACAAAAUGAGAAGACCAACACAUUUGCUGGUACACCGGAGUACGUGGCACCUGAGAUAAUCCUGGAUCGAGGACACGAUCGUGCCGUCGACUAUUGGGCACUGGGAAUUCUGGUAUAUGAACUUCUGGUUGGCAAAACGCCCUUCAGGGGCGUUAACCAGAUCAAGAUCUAUCAGCAAAUCCUCAGCGGCAUCGAUGUCAUCCACAUGCCAUCGCGCAUACCCAAAUCCGCACAGCACCUAGUGCGGCAUCUCUGCAAGCAACUUCCGGCGGAAAGACUGGGAUAUCAGCGCAAGGGAAUCGCGGAUAUCAAGCGGCAUAGUUGGUUCGAAAGUCUCGACUGGCAGAGACUGAAACUGAAGCAAUUGCCAUCGCCCAUCAAAAGACCUUUGAAGAGUUGGACCGACUUGCAAUAUUUUGGUCCUUCGGGCGUUGAGAACGACUAUGAGCCACCGGAGGAACUGAGCGGAUGGGAUAAAGACUUUUAAAGGCUUCAGCAGAAGUGGAUUUUGUAAAGUUUCGGAUAUUAGUUAGUAGGAUAAGAGAUAUUGUUCCUGAAUGUUGGAACUCUUACCACGCAGCAGCCAUUACAAACUCGUUUUAAUUACUAGCUUCGAAAAUACUUAAGUCUGUACCCCCAAUUGUUACUUAUUCUUUACUAGAGUUGUACGUUUUUUAGAUAAAAUACUUUAUAAGUAGACAGUAAACAUGAACAAUUAUAUCAACCAUUUAUAU